UUUUUGCUGCCGUUCUCUACCGCUGCUUGACGUCGAAUGGAGGCUCGUGUGGGGUAGCGGCACGCCGGCCUAACCAGCCGAAUGGUCAGCCGGAACCUGCACGAACAGCUUCAGCAGGUGAUGGUGUCUCGUCUGCUUCGUCAUCUCCUGCUCAGACUCCAGCACCUGCUUUCAAUCUUACGGUUGUCAUUUGCCCUGUUCCUACUUUCGGUAUGGCGCCUGCUUUUGGUCCGUCACUUGCUUUUGGUCCGUCGCCUGCUUUUGGUCCGUCACCUGCUUUUGGUCCGUCACUUGCUAGGGCUCUGCCCCCUGUUGGCCUUCCACGUGCUAGGAUUACGUCUCUUAGCGAUACGUCACCUGCUGGCAGUCCGAUAUCUAGUCGUGGUCUGUCACCUGCUAGCGGUACGUCACCUGCUAGUUCUAGAUCUGCUCGCGACCUACAGCCUGCUGGCAGUUCUAGGUUUGCUCGCAGGCUGCUGUCUGUUGUCAGUUCUAGAUCUGCUCGUGACCUACAGCCAACUGGCAGUUCUAAAUCUGCUCGCAAGCUGCAGCCUGCUGGCAGUUCUAAAUCUGCUCGCGACCUACAGCCUUCUGGCAGUUCUAGAUCUGCUCGCGACCUACAGCCUGCUGGCAGUUCUAAAAGCCUUCUUCUAGAUCUGCUCGCGACCUACAGCCUGCUGGCAGUUCUAAAUCUGCUCGCGACCUACAGCCUGCUGGCAGUUCUAGAUCUGCUCGCGACCUACAGCCUUCUGCAGUUCUAG